AAAAUUACCAGGUUAAGUAAAAACAUAUAAGGUUUCAUCAUUAUGCUUCAUUGGCUUCUGUAUCUAUUUCAUUCCUGUACAUAUUACGAUUGAAAACUUUGCUGGCAGUAGUUCUGAAUUAAACUACCAAUAUAUGCAUGUUAGUGAUCGGACAGUGAAUUUUCUAGAAAAGAAUAAAAAUGGCACAACCUUCAGAACGGACAAGGCUUUUAAUUGACAUGAACCCGCCUGAACAUAUGUUUAAUUCUGGCAUUUCAAGAGAACGUAAACAAAGGGUCAGGCAAUUUCAAUGUUGCUUGUGUGCCAUAAUUUUAUCACUUUUUAUAAUAACAUUAGGGAUAACUGUAGUAUACAGUAUAAACCAAGAAUUUCCAGAUAACUCCACAGAUGUAACCAACUCGAGUGACAUCACAGUCCAAACACCAGUUCUAGUACUGCUAUCACACAGUUUUCCAUUACGAGAUGGUAAACAGGAAAAUAGAACAUUGGAUGACGAUGAACUGUGGAAAGAAGCCAUCGAAGAAGGAGAAAGAAGUUUAGAAGAAAAAGAUAGAAUUGAAGAGCAUGUACCAUCCUUGUUACUCAGAAGUCCGAGUUACAGACAUCAACGCGUUACAGCUACAAGUGAAAAAGGAAGGAAUAUGUCUAGGCUUGGAUUCAUUGAGGAAUACGCCACAAGACACAUGCAUAGGAAUAAAACCGAUGUUCGCUUGGUGGACAUGAUUUGCCAAAAUGGGAGUAACUUCCUAGGUGAUCAUUGUGAAAACAAAAAAAUAGAUUGUAAUCUAUUUCAUAAAUAUCGCACAUUCAAUGGAAGCUGUAACAAUAUUAAAAAUCCUCAUUCUUUUGGAGUAGCUUACACUCCUUUCAGAAGAAUGCUACCUCCAGAUUACACUGAUGGAAUAAGUAAACCAAGAUCAUCUGAGAAUGGAGAUGCUUUACCAUCAGCCAGAACAGUAAGCCUAAUUGUACAUAGAUCAUACUAUAGAGAUGAUCCAAAAUUUACUGUAAUGUUGGCCGUAUGGGGUCAAUUUCUGGACCACGACAUUACAGCGACUGCUUUGAGUCAAAAAUCAAACGGAAGUACAAUAUCUUGUUGUGACCAGUCUGCUGUCUCAUCCCCAGAAUGUUUCCCAGUACAUCUUGAUGAAGAAGAUCCGUUUAUGGAGUAUAACGUCAGUUGUAUCGAAUUUGUCAGAUCAGCACCAGCUCCUACAUGCUGCCUUGGACCAAGAGAACAAAUGAAUCAAGUGACACCUUUCAUAGAUGGCUCUGCUGUAUACAGCGUUGAUGAGAGCUUUGCGAAGACGUUACGAACUUUAGAAAAUGGUGGUAUGAAAGUUCUUGUCACUUCAGAAGGACGCACCCUGCUUCCGAUUUCUGAGGAUUUGGAUGAUGGUUGUAAUCGUGAAGAAGAGGAAGGAAAUGGAAGAUACUGUUUCUUGGCAGGUGAUGCAAGAGCUAACGAAAAUCUAAAUUUGAUUAGUAUGCAUUUGCUGUGGGUGCGUCAACAUAAUGAUAUUGCAUCGAGUUUAUCUAAACUUAAUCCACAUUGGAACGAUGAAAGAGUUUUUCAGGAAACGAGGAGGGUAAUAGCAGCUCAAAUGCAGCAUAUUACUUAUAAUGAAUUUCUGCCUAUUCUGUUCGGUGAGCGUUUAAUGGAACGAUUUGGCUUGCUUCCACUGAAAGAAGGUUACUUCAAAAAUUACAACUCCAGCAUAGACCCAAAUAUAGCUAACAGUUUUGCCACAGCUGCAUUCAGAUUCGCACAUUCCAUUAUACCGGGAUUGAUGAAAAUGCUGGCCAAUGAUACAUCUUCUCCUGAAUUUGUUCAAAUGCAUAAAAUGCUGUUCAAUCCGUUUGCGCUUUAUGUAUCCGGAACGUUGGACAAAACCCUUAGGGGAGCAAUGAACACGAGCAUAGAGGCCAGCGAUUCUUAUUUUACAAACGAGCUUAAAUCACACAUGUUUGAACAAUCUGCAGAACAAAUAAAACAACCAAAAUUAUGCGGACUGGAUCUUGUAUCGCUAAAUGUACAGAGGGGUAGAGAUCAUGGUUUACCAGGUUAUACUAAAUGGAGACAACAUUGUGGUUUGGAAAAACCACAAGAAUUUGACGAUCUUAAAGAAUUUAUGGAUUCAAAUUCAUUGAGCAACAUAAAAGCCAUCUAUCGAAAUGUAGAUGAUAUAGACUUAUACACUGGAGCAUUGAGUGAGAAACCAAUAGAAGGUAGUAUCCUGGGGCCCACCAUAACUUGUCUGCUUCUGGAUCAGUUUUAUAGAAUCAAACAUGGAGACAGAUUUUGGUAUGAAAAUCCGCAAAAACCACAAUCGUUUUCUCCAGAACAGUUAAUGGAACUACGAAAAACCACGUUAGCUAAUAUAAUAUGUGACAACGCAGAUGAACUGCACAUUAUCCAGAAAAGAGUUAUGGAAAGAGUAGGUAAGGAAAAUCAUUAUGUGAACUGCUCUGAUUUGGAAAGACCCAAUAUGGAUUUGUGGAAGGAAAAUAUCUUUCAUUUGGGGAUGGAUAAUGGAGAACUUUUACAAAUCACUUCUCUGUGAUCAUUUAUAUAUAACUAUUUUUAUUUGUAGAUUAUGUUUUAAAUACAUUGUUUUUUCUUUUUA